UGAUGAGUCCUGGGGCCCUUCAUUUAAUCGGAGAGCAGAGCAGUGGGGAAACUUCAUUCUCACUUCUCAGUGGGGACCGGAGGAGUUACUGUGUGCAGGCACCAGGCGCUCUCUGCUCCCCUGAGCCAACGCAGGGGCUCCAGCACCAUGAGCGGUGCUCGCCGACACCUCGGACUCCUUCUCCUGGCCGAAGCAGUGCUGUGUGCUGCUGCCACACGGUUUCAAGAUGUGCUGAGCCAGGGAAGUACUUCUCCUGUCACAUCCUACAGGAAGAUACAAGGCUGGUCUAGUGAUCAAAAUAAAUGGAACGAAAAGCUUUAUCCUUUCUGGAAAGAAGGAGAUCCCAGAUGGAAGGACUGUUGGAAAGGUGGAAGGGUGACAGUCAAAUUGGACACUGACAGCCCAGCACUGGUAGGAUCCAAUGUGACUUUUGUUGUGACUCUCCAGUUUCCCAGGUGCCAGAAAGAAGAUAAUGACGGCAACAUAGUAUAUGAGAGAAACUGUACCCAGGAUUUUCCAGUUUCCCAGGAUCAGCAAGUCUAUGUCUACAACUGGACAGAAUGGAUUGACAACUGUGGCUGGGAAAACUGCACAAGCAACCACAGCCAUAAUGUAUUCCCAGAUGGGAGACCUUUCCCUCAUUAUCCUGGCUGGAGGGGAAGGAACUUUGUCUACGUGUUUCACACAUUUGGUCAGUACUAUCAGAGAACUGGACGAUCUUCAGCAAUGUUUUCAGUCAACACAGCAAAUAUCACUCUUGGCAAACACGUGAUGGCAGUAUCCAUUUACAGGAGAGGGCACUCAUCAUAUGUUCCAAUUGCAAGAGCAAGUGCCAUUUAUGUUGUGACAGACAAAAUUCCAGUAUCUGUGACUAUGUUCCAAAAACAUGACCGCAACAUCUCAGACUCCAUUUUUAUCAAAGACUCGCCAAUCACAUUUGAUGUGAAGAUCCAUGAUCCCAGCUACUAUCUUAAUAAUUCUGCCAUCUCUUACAAGUGGAACUUUGGAGAUGGAAGUGGCUUAUUUGUAGCCAGCAGUCCUGUGGUGUCUCACACUUAUACUCUGCAAGGAAACUUCACUCCAAAUUUAACUGUUCAAGCCAUCAUACCUGUACCUUGUAAGCCAGUAACACCCACUGCACCACUGCCCACCUCAGCAGUAAUUGCUGAAGCAGCUUCUAAUGCAGACUAUCCCACCACUGUCGAGUCAAUGGAAGAUAAUCCAGAUGAAGGUUGCCAUAUUUACAGAAACGGAUACUACAGAAGUGGUAUCUCUGUUGUAGAGGGAAUCCUUGAGGUAAAUAUUAUACAGAUGAUGAGCAUCCAGAUGACAGAAAGUCAAGCUGAAAACUCACUGGUUGAUUUUGUUGUUACCUGUCAAGGGAGUCUCCCCACAGAUGUCUGCACAGCAGUUUCUGACCCCACAUGUCAGGUGUCCAAGUCUGUGGUAUGUGACCCCGUCACCAUCACUGAUGAAUGCUUACUCACCAUCAGGAGAGCUUUUGAGGAACCUGGAACAUACUGUAUAAACAUCACCUUGGGGGAUGACACAAGUCAAGCCCUUACCAGCGCGCUGAUUUCUGUUAAUGGAGGAUCAUCAUCAGGAAAAACAGAAGGUGUCUUUAUCUUCCUCGGUGUGCUGGCAGUAUUGGCCACCAUUGGGGCUUUUGUCCUUUACAAGAGGUACAAGCAAUACAAGCCUAUUGAGAGAAGCACAGGACAAGCAGACAACCGUGAGGGACUAACUGCUUACUUCAGCAAUUUCAAAGCAAUUUUCUUCCCUAGUAGCACUGAGAAAAAUCCUCUGCUAAAAAGCAAACCAGGCAUUGUUUAAACCUUUAGUCUAACACUGGUUAGGUUACAUAUAGAACUCAUACCUGAAAUGUACUUUGAUGGGUUUUUCUUAUUGUUAUUAAAAAAACAGGGGUAAGGUGAAAGCACAUAUAGAUGGAAUGUUAACUUUUGGGGGCUUGGUGCAAUUAGAAAUACUAAAAUAGUCCUUUGCAGAAAACAAGGAUAUAGUUUUGAGCACUUGCUGUUCUUGCUUGUGAUCUAGAAUAUACUGUUCUAAUUCACUCCAUACCCUUUAUCUGGGUUUUCUUACUUCUGGGUUCAGAUCAGAUCCACAAUCUGGAGAUGGGAAAAAAGGCUAAUUAAACAAAUAAUUCAACCUUGUAAAUAGUUAUGUCUUAAACAGACAGUCCUUUAUAGCUGUUUACUGCCUUAGCAGGAUUAAUGCCUUAAAAGAAAUAGAAGAACAGACACAGGGGGCAAGCAUGUGUUAUGCCUGUGGAAGGAAACGUGCCAUGGCCUAUUCCCAGGCAUUGCCACUGAACUGCUGACGCUGUUACACUGUUUAGGAGGUCCUAGCACAGUCUUGCUCCAUGUGAGCUAGCUCCCCACCAAGCAAACCCCAGAUUCUGGGAACCACCAGAGGCACUGUACCCCACCAGGAGUUUGGCAGCAGCCACCCUGUUCUGCAGGGUUCAACAGCAUGGAUGCAGCUCAUUACAUGCCAGUUGGCCUCAGUGCCAGAAAAUAGGGCUGGACACAUUUAGUUUCCUACUGGACAUGUCUACCAGUGCAUAAGUCUCUCUAUAAACUAGACCACAGAUACCCAAGCAAGAUGAGGCCCAUGUGCUGGGCUCUCCCUGUUUUAACUUGUACUGAGUCCCAUGUAUGAUCCUUAGAUGCAAUUGCUGAUGCUGCCUUUUGUUUCUUUGCUUCUGUUGGCCUUGAGACACUGAAUUCACACUGCUGUGCCCCAGAGGGCAGGUAUGUGCUCCAUGUACAAAGGUCAGCAGAAUGAAGAUUCUAGCAGGAAGGGAAAGCAUUCAAUUCCCUUUUCCCCUUCUGAUUUCUCUCUCUCCUGCUCCUCUGUCUUCAACCACUCAAAUAAAUUAAACCCCAAUAUAAAUAAAACACGAUGCUCCAGUUUCUGCUUUUUCAUGAUGCAAAAAGCUUAGGAAGUGUAAACUUCUGAAAAACCAAUGUGCCUUUACUCUAGCUGAAAUUCCGUGUUAAGAAAACUCAUGUUGAGGCCUUUCCCAAGUAAUCUGGUCUUCUAUCCAUACAUGCACAUCAUUCUGCAUUGUGACAUUUCACUGUGCAAGACCAGAAGGAAACUGCUGAAGGCUGGAGUACUGGGUGAUAAGAAGAGAUGAGCACCUUAUUUGUAGAGGAAGAUGCUGCUAAUAAGGUUCACUGAGAUGAUGAAACAGAACAAAAAUGCUUUAAAUUGUUGUCUGUAAGAGCUUUGCUGUGAAUAUUAAAGGUUAUAAUCAAAACAAAGUUAACUUUCAAUUGGGAGGGGCAAAUGACCUUACACAAUCCAUUUCUAAACACUGAAUUCUUUGAAGAUCUAUACUUCAAUACAAUUAGCUUAUUUACUUGCCAGAUCUCAAUAUAUAUUAUUCUUAGGUCCUGAGGCAAUAUAUAAACAUAAACAUAUUUCCUGGUAUCUUAGCAGACCUGUCAUCAUUCUUAAUCUCAAUCUAGUAUUCAUCACACUUUCCCAGUGCAGGGACAACUUUUAAUGAUUUAAGGAUAUAAAAAAUUGCAGAUUCCAUCAUACCUGUGAGAUUAAUUCUUUAGUUCUAAAAUUCAGCAGCUUCUUUUCUUAUUUUGUUUCCAGGUUCUCCAAUUAUUUUAAUUCUUUCCUGGCCAUUUCAGUUAUAUUAUUAACAGCACCACAGUCACCAUUGUUCCAUCUUCCUUCCACAUAACACCCUAUUGUCUAACCAUAACUGAGCAUCUAAAACCACUUUCUGACUUAAAGAGAAAACACAUUUCCUGCGAAAAUACUGCCCAAAUGUUAUGUCCUCUGUUAUCAGCCAGGCUGCUGACAGGAAUUACUGUAAUUUGUAUUUGUUGCAUUAGCUUGAGGCGGGACAGGGGUUUAGUGGAAAGCUUAAGAUGACCUGUAAUGCAGCAUGAAAAAAUUAAAUCUGUCACAGCUAUAAUGCUUACAGUCAGUGCUGAUGCAGGCUACCACUGACCUAGGCUAUAUUAGAAAGCAUCUCGUGUCAGUAAAACACUAUAUGUUUGGAGCUCACAGACAUCUUAAGCUUUUGCACAGGAAACAGCUUCUGGGCAUCCUUUAGGAACUUUAUCCUUUAACCUAAGUAUAUGGAAUAGCUUGCACCUUGUUCCUUUUAAUAUCAUGUGGGAAUAUUGAAUUUGUGUAAUUUGAUGUUGCUUUUUCAGCUGUAACUUCCAUUUCCUACAUCUUCACUUUUAUACAAUGGAAUCUAACUGCUGCGUUCACAAAUAAACCAUCUAAUGAUUUUAAA